AUGUGUAGAUAUGGCGGGCGGACGCCCGUUCCCCGCUCCCUGGGAGCACUUCAAGAUCGUCAGCGAAACGCGGCAUUUGAAGUACAAGAGUGCCCACUGUCGGUACUGCGAUCAACUCCUUACCAAGAUCCAGCCGUCACGGCACCUCAAGAAGCACAUCAUGACCUAAGACAAGAAGCGCUUUCGGAUGCCAGCAGCGAUGGCAUUCUACAUGAACUGCUGCGCAUUUCGGUCGAAGCCCAAGAAGUUGCCACUUUUGUUCGCAACCACACAGCAACGAACUCUCGCUUUGCCGAAGCGAUCCGUUCUCCUGAUAACAUUGACAACCGUCGCAGCUUGAAGAUUCCUGUUGCUACACGCUGGUACUCUCGCUACGAGUGUGUCAAGUUAGUUGUCGAGAGCGAGCGGAGUAUUCGGGAGCUGGCUUCGGAUGACGCAUUAUUAGCAAAGUACAACGCCCUCAAGGUCACGUCGUUCAAGCGAAUUGCUCGUUCGGAAGCGUUCUGGAUUAAGGGAGACAUGGCCCUUAAACUGUUAACCCCGAUUCACAAGGUGCUCGCUCAUUUUGAGAAGGACUCACUGUGUCUAUCGGUUGUUUUUCAGCAGUUUGUGGAGCUGCAGCAGGGCUCCGUUUAUAAUGACGACGUUCCUGGGAUCAGCAAGGACAUGCAGGCGAUGUUCCGCGAACGGAUUCAAGCUCGGUGGGAAUUUAUUGAUUCAAGCCCAAUGCGCAUUGCAUACCUGCCCGACCACAGAAGGGAUACAAGGCUUUUCACGACACAGCAGCAGAAUUUUACGGUUGCAGAUCUUGAAAGUCUUGCUGCGCGGUUUCCGUACACGCCGACACAAAUUCAGGCCCAUCGCAAAGAGCUAGGGAAGUUCAUGGAGGCCAAGAGGAAGUGGGGAGGAGAAACCAAGCGCAGUUACCACGCGGAUUCGCCGAUAACGUGGUGGACGUGGAUCGGGGACAAGGACUAUCCCAUACUCUCGACAAUUGCUCAACGGAUCUUCACCAUCCCAGCUUCAUCAGCUGCUGCAGAGCGGUCGUGGAGCGUGUUCAAAUACGUGCACUCGUCGCAGCGCAACCGAUUGACCAACGAGCGCUUGAUCAUGCUGGUGUUCAUCUAUUCGAACCACGGCAUGAAGAAGGCACGGUCCGACGUCGUCGCAGUGACGGUGGCUGAACUGGAUCCAGGUCCAAGUGAGUCAAGACCCCCAGAACGUUGCGAUGCAGAGCCAGAGGACGCAACAGCAAGGGAGCGUUCUGUAGCCGUCGAAUAUCAAGCUUCAGCAUCGACGGUGAUACAGGGUCGUGCCCUGGAGGAGUAUGAACAUCACCGAGACUGGGCAGAUGACGAUGAUCAGUACGCAUCUGUCGAAUGGUGGGGCAACAUUGACCGGAGCUUUGGAUAUGAAGCUUGGGUGUGA